AUGCUUUCUGCUCAUACUGUGGUGUUGGAUAGUGUCCAAAAGUUAGACACGCCACAUAUCUUCUACUUGAGAGAGAGUUUUCAUUUAUUCGAUGUAACAAUGCUUUCUGCUCAUACUGUGGUGUUGGAUAGUGUCCAACUAGAUGCCAAAUUUUUGGAACUGCCUUUUGACGACGGGAGUACCACUUUCACCAUAGUGCUUCCAAACGCCAGAGACGGCCUCGUUGAGCUCGAAAAGCAAAUCGAUAAGGUUUUGGCUACCACGGAUUUCGGUCAAAAGUAUGUGCAAGUGUCGCUUCCCACGGCAAGCUUCAAGAUUGAGCGCACUCUUCUGGAAACUCCUCUGAAGACGCUUGGGGUGCAAAACAUCUGGAGCAACAGUGCUGAUUUGAGUGGAAUGGCAGGUGUUCCCGGGGAGCUACGAGCCAACAGAAUUCUGCAAAGUUCUUACAUAAAAGCUGACGAGACUGGAGUGGAAGCUAUUGUUGAUACUUCGGUGGAAUUGAGAGUUACUGAGGAGCACAACGUCGUGGCCGACCAUCCAUUUCUAUUCUAUAUUAAAUACAAAGGGAUAAUUGUGUUCGUGGGAAGGCGCGUUAGAUAUUAG